GAUUCUUGUGUUAAUAAUUUCUACAACAGUGAGAAACAAAAUGGCCAGAGCAGAGAAUGAAUACACUCUUGAUUCAGUGAGGCAGGCUUUGGUUAGACAAGAAGAUACAAUUGUUUUUGGUCUCAUUGAAAGAGCCAAGUUCCCUUUCAAUUUCCAUACCUAUGAUAAGAAUUACCUUCAAAGCCCUGGUUUUUGUGGCUCAUUGAUUGAGUUUGUUGUCCAGCAUUCCGAAACUGUUCAAGCUAAGGCCGGAAGAUACGAAAACCCGGAAGAGAAUCCUUUCUUUCCAGAAAAUUUAUGGCCAUCACUUGUGCCAUCUUACCCUUUCACAAAGGUAAUUCAUUAUAACAGAUAUGAUUUUCUGAUUUUCACAGCUCAUAUAAAUUUUAGAAUCCACUCAAGCACGUGCCUGAAGAGAUUUUAGAAGGCUUUGUUGAGGUGGUAGAAAAUACAGGAGAUUUUCCACUCUUUUAGAGUCAAGAUUACACGCAAGUUUAUGUCUCUUGAAAGAAAUUGAACGAAAACAA